AUCUGGCAACCCGUUGUACAGUAUAAGAUAGCAACAGCCUCAGUUAAGCAACAUUGGUUUCCCGGCUACAAAACAGACUUGUGCAGAUUGGAAGAAGCAUUGCCAUUGCUGAAUCGGUUUCAGUACAACUCUGCAAUCUUUUACGACCACUUACUGGAUCAUUCUCUCUCAACUUUGCAUAAUAUAUUUCGAGCCAUUGCUUAUAAGCAUCUAUCACCCUUCACCAAGUCAUGGCGCCCCCAAGCCUACCACAAACUCCGACCCUGGCGUCUGCACACACUGGAAUACCGGAACGUCUGCUCCACAAGGCUACAUACGCGAAGUCCCUCAUUUAUGACGGCAAGACAGUCCCCGACACCUACUCCCUCGAACGUGGGCUGCCAAUUCCACAAGGCAUAUCGAAGAAGGCAUUUCUAAGCGCCAUUGAAGAAUUGAAGUCCGCUAUUGGGAAUGAAAACGUUCAAUUGAACGAGAAAGAGGUCAAGAAUGGCUGGUACAUGGAGCAUCCCAAUACGCAUGAUAUGAUGCCACUGCUGGACGCCGAAGAAUUCAUCGCAUCGGCCGUCGUAUACCCAGGCUCCGUGGCUGAAGUUCAACUAAUCGUACGCUGGGCAAACCAGCACCUCAUCCCCCUGUUCCCCAUCUCCAUUGGUCGCAACCUGGGAUACGGCGGUGCUGCGCCCCGAGUGCGUGGUUCCGUGACCAUGGAUCUCGGACGCAGGAUGAACAAGAUUCUGGAUAUCAACGCGGAGAAUUACACCUGCCUGGUGGAGCCAGGCGUAACGUACUACGCAUUGCACGAGGAGCUUGUACGGAGAGGGCUACAGGACAAGAUGUGGAUCGAUUGCCCCGAUCUGGGAGGAGGCAGCGUCAUAGGAAACGCGCUCGAUAGAGGCGUGGGCUAUACGCCGUACGGAGAUCAUUGGGGAAUGCACAGCGGACUCGAGGUCGUGUUACCCACCGGCGAACUGGUUCGGACGGGCAUGGGGGCACUGGAGGGUGCGAAUACCUGGCAGUGUUUUCCGUAUGGAUUUGGUCCGUAUAAUGAUGGCAUCUUCUCCCAGUCCAACUUUGGCAUCGUUACCAAGAUGGGUAUGACUUUGAUGCCGAACCCUGGCGGCUAUGAAUCCUUUAUGUAUACUUUCCAGCACGACUCCGACCUGGGCCCUCUGAUGGAUAUUAUCCGGCCUCUGCGGAUAUCCAAUAUUCUCGAGAAUGUGGCCCAAGUCCGCCACGGCCUCCAGACCCUCUCCGUAAAAGGGCAUCCUCGCACGAAAUACUGGUCCGGCAAAGGCCCCAUGCCCGAGUCCGUCUACCGUGAGCAUCUCAAAGAGACGGCCACGGGAGACUGCGCAUGGGUCUACUACGGCAUGGCGUAUGGACCGCCGCACAUCCGCGCGCACAAACUGGCCAUCAUCGACUCCGAGUUCCAUCGCAUUGCGGGCUGCAAGAAGAUCGACCCUGCGACGAUGCCAAAGGACGAAUACUUCUGGUCGCGUGACCGCAUCGCGUCGGGGACGCCGGAUCUCGAGGAGCUCAAGUGGGUCAAUUGGAUGCCCAACGGGGCGCACAUCGCCUUCUCGCCUGUAAGCCCUAUCUCUGGAAAGGAUGCCGAGGCGUUGUACACCAUGGCGAAAAGGAGACACACAGAGCAGGGGUUCGAUUUGAUGCCAGCAUUCUGUGUGGGAUUGAGGGAGAUGCAUCUGAUCGUCGAGAUUGUGUAUGAUGCACAGGAUGGAGACAUGAGAAGGAGGGCGGAGAGGUGUUUGAGAGAUAUGAUCGAUGACGCAGCAGCACUGGGAUAUGGCGAAUACCGAACGCACCUUGCGCUCAUGGACCAAGUCGCCGCAACGUAUAAUUUCAACGACGGGGCACUAAUGAAGCUCAACAAUACACUCAAAGACGCACUGGAUCCUAACGGCAUCCUGGCGCCUGGUAGAUGUGGUAUAUGGCCGGCCAGAUAUAGAGGGAGAGGAUGGGAGUUGACCACUAAGGAUACGGGAAGGAGCAGCGAGGGUGACGGUGUCGCGAAGAAGGCUGGGGAAGUGAAAAUCUGAGGGAAGGAUCCCAACCAGGGACCGAGAAAAAAUGGCAAAGCAUAUGCAGAUAGGAGAAACGUACUCACGCCUUUCCAAAGGCAUUAGCAAAAAAUCUCC